CAGAACGCACGCAACCGCGGAGAUCGCAGCGCCAUUCGGUCGCAGCGUUGGCCAGCGGCAUGAAGCAAAAGCAGAGCGAGGCUGAUGCUACGGUGGUUGUGGGCACGUACGACGGCGGCCUGCUUGGCUUCGGACUGGAUGGGGCCCAGCGCUUCGGCUAUGCACCCCAUGUGGGCUGCGUGAAGGCCGUGCAUUGCAACCAGGCUGGCAAGCUGGCGACAGGCGCCACGGACAACUCCGUGAAGUUGUUCGACCUGGCGCGUAGUGUGGAGCUGGGGGAGCUACAAGAGCACGAGGACUCGGUGGCCUGCCUCCAGUACUGGCAGAACACCCUGGUCACCGGCGGCAGCGACGGCCAGGUCUGCAUCUGGCGGUGUGGAGACUAUGAGCUGCUCUUGAAGUUCAAGGGCCACAAGGCAGCCGUGACAUGCCUUGCGAUCCACCCUUCUGGGCGCAUGAUGGCCAGCGCCGGCAGGGACCAGCGCCUGCAGUUGUGGGACCUGACCCGUGGUACUUCGGCUGCGCACCUCACCAUGGAGGGCCUCGAGGCUUUGGAGUGGUCCCCGGACGGCGAGCGCAUUGCCGCGCUGAGCCCAAAGGAGCUCACAGCUGUGGAGGUGAAAGACCCAAGCUCCGCCGCGUCAUUCAAAGAUGCCUCUUCCGCUGGCUUCAUGCGUGUUAGCUUCACCGCGGUAGCUUGGCUGUCUCCCCACCUGCUGGCCUUGGGCGAUGCCAAGGGCGCAGUGCGGGUGCUGAGACAUGGCGCGGAGCUGGUGGAGGUUUGUCAGCUGCCGGAGACCGAGAAGGGUACCCCGGCGCCUCGGGUGAAGGCCUUGCUGGCCCGCGAUGGGCGACUGCUGGUGGGCAUGAGCGCCGGCCAAGUGGAGGUCUGGGGCUUCAUCCUGGCGAAGGCAGCUCCGGAGUUCGAGAAGUUGCGGGUGGUGGACACCAAGAGCCGCCUCACCUGCCUCACCGCCUGGUUCCAGGCAGCUGCAGAUGCAGGCCUCAAGAAGAAGCAGCCAGAGUCGAAGAAGCUGGUGAAACCAGCAGCGAAGGCUGGCAAGACUGGCAAGGCUGCCAAGACUAGCAAGGCUGGCAAGGCUCCAGCCAAGCUUGUGGGCAAAAAGCAGAAGACGCCCUAGGGCGCGGCACUUGCCUGCAAGGAGUACGUUUUCGCUGGGGUGCCUGGUCGGCCAAUCACAAAUUGAGCCUGUU